UUAAAAGCCGAUCAAAGACGAUUUUCUGUUAGUAGUCAGCAUGAAAGAAUUUUGACAAAACAUGGAGAAAAAACACAGCCGAAAAACAAUUCGUGUGCUUAAAAAGCGCCCAUGCGUUACAGAUGAAAAUCUAAGAGAGUACAGUGAUGCCUUUAUCACUUACGAUUCAAAUCAUAAAGGAUACUUGACAAAGAAAGAAGUAACAAAGACGAUGAAGAAGCUCGGCUUUAACCCAACUGAUACUGAUUGUCAAAAUAUUGAGCUCGAAAUCGUUCAUAAACGGCGUGGCAAAGUUGGAUUCAAAGCUUUUGUAGACUUUAUCUCAACACAUUGUGAUACAGAGAAAGAGGAUCACGAAAUAGUCGAAUCCUUUCGCGCAUUUGAUAGAACUAACAAAGGGUUUGCCUCGUCUGUAGACAUCAGAGAAGUGCUGCUCGAUGUCAUGGAAACCUGCUCACAAACAGAUAAAGAUCAGAUUCUGAAAGUGUUUCAACUAGAUGUUGAUAGACAAGUCUCUCUCGAAGAGUUCAAAAAGAUGAUUAUACCCGCAAACAUUGAUUAGAAUUUCUUUUAUUAGAACAUUUAAUCCUACGUAACAAUUCUAGGGCACUAAUCCAAGAUGCUUUAGUGUAUAUAACGUCAUAUAGAAUAUUUUAAAUAGUCGAGUUCUUGAUUUAAACUUUUAAAUUUUGAUACUGAAUACGACGUUGUUAUUACAUAGAUGAUAUGUCAAUUUGUGGUAUAAA